AUUUCUAAAUCACCACAACCGUUUUUAUCUGAUGCAAAUUUAACGAACAGUAUCCUCUCCCCCCCCCCCACCAAAAAUUUAAUCCACUUGUGGCUGUGAAAUACAAAGAUCAUCUUUGUGACUCGAGAAAGGCUUUUGAACGGCAGUAAAAUGGAGGAGGAUACUGAAGUUGUCGAGGUACGUUAACAAGACCAGGAAGGAACUGGGGGCCAUCUGCCAUGGAGCAACAGAACAGCACCAAGAGCCGCAAGUCAAAAACUCUGCGUUCCAUUUCGCGCUCCCUUAUACUUUGCAACAGCAAGAAUAGUGACGAAGGGUCGAGCCCGGAGGAGAAGUACCCUAAUCCUUUUGAGACUCAGGCCACCUGGGAACAUAAGGAACCCAGUCCCUGUCCUCGCCUCCACUUAGCAUGCGCCUCGUUGAGUGACCGAGACCCUCCGGAUCCACUUGCAAUCGCUAGUAUGAUGCAGCUGAGUGGCAAGAACAUGAAACGGAAGUUCUUUGUCAAGGACAGCUGCAUCUGGAAACUGUGUAUCGCUACUGGGAAUGACGGGCUGGGAAUCCAAGUCUCCAGAACCCCCAACUGCUCUGUUUUCAGAAAAGAGUUCACCGUUAGCCAAGUGAUCGACGGAGGAGCUGCUCAUAGGGAUGGCCGUCUCAGCCUUGGUGACGAACUCCUAACCAUAAACGGACAAUCUCUGAAGGAGCUCUCCAGCAGAGAGGCAGAAUCGCUCAUCCAGUCCGCAAAAGGCUUGGUGAACUUGGUUGUAGCUAACAAGGAAUCCUCAGUUUGUUCUCACACAGAACGGACGACAAGCUUGGACAUGCAGAACGGUUCCAUUUUACAGACAAAAGCCAAAUGCCAGCGGACCCGCUGCAAUUCAGCCAGCGUGAGUCCAUACUGGAUUGGGGAUAUGGACAAUCCCAUCUCGAAGAAGUCAACGUCCCGCUACAGACAGGCCCAUUCUCUUUACAACAACAGAAAGUCGCUCUCUCAGCAGCUGGACUGUUCAGUGGGAAGAGCCCCUCCUCUUUCCAGAUCUUCACGAUCACUGAGCACCACCCAGCUCAUACAAGCUUCAUGUGGCUUGCAGGCCUCCGUCAUCUCCAACAUCGUUCUAAUGAAAGGCCAAGGAAAGGGGCUGGGAUUCAGCAUCGUAGGAGGAAAAGACAGCAUUUACGGCCCCAUCGGCAUCUACGUUAAGACCAUCUUUCCUGGAGGGGCUGCCGCUGCGGAUGGACGGUUACAAGAAGGGGAUGAAAUCUUGGAACUGAACGGAGAAUCCAUGCAUGGCCUAACACAUUACGAAGCCUUGCAGAAAUUCAAGGCCAAGAAAGGUCUUCUCACGCUAACGGUGCGCACGAGCCUCAGCACGUCACACUCAGCCGCUGCCUAUUUAUCGUCCCAUCUCUGCCAUUCAUUGAGCGCCACCAUGUGCAUUACCAAAGAAAACAGCUCCUUCAGCUCAGAAAGCAACACUUUCUCUUCAAACACCGCCAAUCCCAAUGACAGGAUCAUCAUGGAGGUCUCCUUAAACAAAGAGGCUGGUGUUGGCUUAGGGAUUGGAUUAUGCAAUAUCCCUUACUUCCAAUGCAUAUCAGGAAUAUUUAUCCAUACCCUUUCUCCGGGCUCGGUGGCUCACAUGGACGGAACGCUCAGGUGCGGAGAUGAAAUUGUAGAAAUCAAUGAAGCAUCUGUUCAAAGCAUGACUCUCAAUGAGGUUCACGCCGUCCUGAGCCACUGCAACCCUGGAGCUGUGCAACUUAUAAUCAGCAGGCACCCCGAUCCGCAGGUCUCUGAACAGCAGCUUAAAGAAGCCAUUUCCCAAGCUGUGGAAAGCAACAAGUUUGGAAGAGAGAGGCCUCAAUGGAGCCCCGAAGGUGUGAAAAGUCUGGAAACAAGCUGGCAGAAGAGACCUCCGUGUGAAAAAUACACAGAGAAGAACCCACCCUAUUUCAGCCCCCAGCCUCAAAAGAUCAUGAUCCGCUCCAGCAGCGACAGCAGUUACAACCCCAGGUCAUCUUGUGGAAACGGCCUCGCCUUCCAGCUGGCCGAUUUGAAAUCGAAAGGGAAUAGCGUUGAUGUGCCAGUGGCUCGACAGCAGGGCUCUGUGUCUUCUUCCUCACGGACCAGCCUAGAGAAGGCCUCUCCACCUGCUCUCAAAGAAGCCAAUCACCUCUCUCCGAAUCCCAAAAAGUCAGCGGAGAUCCUGGUUAGAAAACCCCGAUCGUCAAAACCCAAGCCUCCGCCAAGGAAGUACUUCAAACAAGACUGCCUCAAUCAUGAGGAGGCUCCCCAAGAAGGGAAACCGCAAUGCAACGGGAGUCCUCCACACUCACAGGAAGUGAGAGACACGUUGUGGCAGGGAACUAAAACAGUUACGGGUAAAACCCACAGCUCCUUUGCAAGUUCUUCAGCACUGAGCGCUGCAGAGCAGUCCAGGGUACGUUUAGCAGCAGCAGAGCAAGGAAAGAAAAUCAGCAAAGGGAAGACUCCUUCGUCAUCCCAAAGACCUGCCCUCAGAAGGCAAGCAAGAGUGGAUUACAGUUGGGAGGCCAGCACCGAGGACCCUUGGGUCAGGAUUUCGGACUGCAUCAAAAGCCUGUUUAACCCCGGCAUGCUGGAAGGCGGCCACCCCCUGAGCAUGCUCCCCAACGUCAACAGCAGCGAGGACAGCCAAGCCCCCAGCUGCUCCGAGGGGGUCCUGCGGAGAUCGGACACAGAAGAGGCAGAUCCCAAAGCUCCCCAGUCAUCCGACGAAGGAGACUUCAUGAAGAAAGGCCCACCAGUCGCGCCCAAACCGGCCUGGUUUCGCCAGAGCCUAAAAGGCUUCAAGAAAGGAAGUUCGGAUGUAGCGGCAUCGGCGGGGCAAAACACCGCUGAGCACCGGAGCGUUUUUGACAACGAAUUCGGCUCCAAGAUAAGCCGUUCCUCAGCUAGAGGGUCAUCAAUAAAGCAAAGAAUAAGCUCAUUUGAACAUCUGGGCACUCCACAAUCGCCUGAAAAGGGAAACAGAAAACUCAGCCCAAAGCUGUCAGCCGAGAAUGAAAACUCUCCCAGUAGAAGGGAGUCCAAACCGGCCACGGUGCAUCUGAACCAAAGUCUGCUGGGGAAUGUGGACCAUCCAACUGCUGAAGGCUCUUGCCGUCAAGCGUGUCUCGAUCCAAGUCUCCUCAGUUCCUCUUGUUGUCCAAGAGAGAAGCGCGGCCCCGGCUCAAAGACGGCCGCCAGCACCUUCCCCAAACUGCCUUUGCACUCAAUUCCUUCACAAGGCGUUGAGCCCGACUCACAAGUCACAAAAACGCCAGGCCAGAGGGCCCAGAGCUUCCCCCUCACCUCAGCCCAGUCCGCCGAAAUGCUGAAGAUCACAGAGGAAAAAUACAGCAACAUCUAUUCCAUCAGCAGCCACUUUUCAUCGGCUUUAAUGAAAUCAUUGCAUUCCCUUCCUCCGUCUCCGCAAAGUUCUGGGAAAAACCCGUGGAGAUCACAGGACGGAUCGCCAAAGCCUCACGCGGAUCAAAACGGAAUCGCUCUCUUUCAUGCAAGUGAGCCAUCUUCCUCGGAUACCAGCUUUUCACUUAACCUCUCAGAGCUGAGGGAUUUCGGUGCCAGUCUGACCGGCAAUGAAAAAGAGGAAGACGGGCAGAGCAGCAGUUCACUGCAAGCGGUGGGUGUCUCUGGGCAGGCCGUCAUCUGUCUCCUCACCACUGAAGAACUGAGAAAGCUCAUGGAGGAGGUGAAGUCUUUAGACGAGGCAACUUUAAAACAACUCAGUGAUAUUCAUGUCACAAUUCUACACAAGGAAGAAGGCGCGGGGCUUGGUUUCAGCCUUGCUGGAGGAGUAGACCUAGAAAACAAAGCUAUUACCGUUCACAGAGUCUUUCCCAGUGGAUUAUCAGCCCAAGAAGGAACCAUCCAGAAAGGAGAUGAAGUCCUAUCAAUUAAUGGGAAGUGUCUCAAGGGUGCUGCUCACAACGAAGCCCUGGAGAUCUUAAGAAGGGCUCGGCACCCGAAGCAGGCCGUGAUCGUCACUAGGAAGCCUCAAAAGGGAGAAACCGGCUUCAACAUUUCUGUCGACUCCUCUGCAUCAGAAGCGUCAACAGAUUCUCCAUCUGAAGACAUCAUCUUCACUGUCAAGUUGGAGAAGACGUCCGCAGGCUUAGGAUUCAGUUUAGAGGGUGGGAAAGGCUCCAUCCACGGAGAUAAGCCCAUAACCAUCAACAGACUUUUUAAAGGGGUGGCAUCAGAACAGAGUCCCAUGGUUCAGCCAGGUGAUGAAUUACUGCAGGUGCACACAACCCUGAUACAAGGACUAACCCGUUUUGAAGCCUGGAACAUCAUCAAGACAUUACCUGAUGGACCUGUUACAGCAGUCAUCAAGAGAAAAAAUUCCAGGGCCAGAUCAGCCGAAUCUCUUCGAGGAGAAGAAUAAACUCAAAACAAACCCAGGACUGCUUUUUUUUAAAGGACCUAAAAGCUUGCAUUUAUCACCGAAGCUACAGCCAAUUUCAGGACAGACAAUAUCUGGACCUUAACAGCAAGGGAAGGCAUGUGUGUAAUCGCUCAGUGUUUGUGAUUUCUACAUGAAUAAAGCAGCUGUUGUGAGCUGUUAACAAA